UGGCUUGUUGACUCAGUAGGAGCCUCGGCUACGCUGCAGCAGCUACAGACAUAGCUAGCACCCUGUAGUUCAAGCUGUUUGAUCGACGCGAUUUCAGUUAUGUAGCUGAAGAUUUAUAAAGAUGAUAACCAUUUCGGUUAAUUUUAAGAAGAUGCCUUCUUGUAAAAACCGGAAUCGGGUCAGUUUUGAAGCUCUUUUGUUAGCCUGAGUUAGAAGACAUAAAGGGCUUGAAGUUCCUUCGGAGUGAGGUGACUAAUGCUGGGCUGACCAGACGUAGCUCGUGAUGCUAUGUAGUCAGCUAGCCAGCUGUGUAAAACAUGGCAAUGUUAAUACUAAUAGAAGCGUUAAGGCCGUAAACUAGUUCCAGCGUUAGUGACGAACGGUUUCCUGAAGCAGUCGUAACCAAACGGUCCUGCCUGGCUGUAGCGCUGCUGGCCUCGGACGUUAGCGGAAGGCUACCGAGCUGCACGGCUGGCUCGUCAGCUACCAGGGGUGCAUGUUGCUGAUGGCCUCUCUGCCGGUUAUGGACACCGUGACAGACUCGUGCCCUGCGGUGCACCAAAAUGGGACUGCCCACCGGGAAUCUCCGGACACAAGACAAGCUGCUCCCGUUUUCAGGCUUCAUUUCUAUCACAGCAACCAGGGAGCAGCUGACGGCAGCGUUUUGAGCUACCCACCUGGGGACUACGUGGCUGAGGAGCUGUGUAUAGAAGCAGCAAAGGCAUGCUGUAUAUCACCUCUGUACUGCAACCUCUUUGGCCUCUUUCGAGAGCGAGACCGCGUGUGGUUUUCCCCGAACCACAUCUUCCGGCUUGAUGAGUCUUCCUCUGAAGAUGUGUUUUACAAAAUACGCUACUACUUCCCUAACUGGUACAGUAGUGGAGCGUCCCGGGCUUCUCGGUAUGGGGUCAAAAAAGGGUCAGAAAGUCCCGUCCUUGAUGAUAAUGUAAUGUCCUACCUAUUUUCACAGUGGAGACACGAUUUUGUUAAUGGCUUUGCGAAGCUCUCCAGCUCUCACGAGACGCAGGAAGAGUGCCUCGGUCUGGCUGUUCUGGACAUGACCAGAGCAGCUAAGGAGCAGAGCAUGUCCCCUCUGGAUAUCUACCACACUACAAGUUACAAGUCCUUCCUGCCGAAGGACAUGAGGGCUCAGAUCCAGGACUGCAGCUUCUUGACACGCAAGAGAAUCCGUUUCCGCUUCAAGCGCUUCAUCCAGCAGUUCAGCCAAUGUCGGACCACGGUCCGGGAUCUGAAGCUCAAGUACCUUAUCAGCAUUGAGUCAUUGGAGAAAGCCUUUUACACAGAGACCUUCCAGGUCAGAGAGGCGUCCAGCGAGCCCUCUAGCGGUCAGCUUGUCAUCCUGGUUGCAGCAGACACAGGAGUACAAUGGCGUCGAGAGAAACUGAAAGAUUCCGGCGAGGAGCUGCAAACCUUGUGUGACUUUCCUGAUGUCACUGACAUCAGCAUCAAACAGGUCAACAAAGAAGGUGCAGGAGAAAGCCGGUUGGUCACCAUCAAUAAGCAAGAUGGCAAGAUUCUGGAGCUGGAGUUCUCCAGCCACCUGGAAGCCCUCUCCUUCGUGUCUCUGAUCGAUGGCUACUAUCGGCUGACGGCAGAUGCACAUCACUACCUUUGUAAAGAAGUGGCACCUCCCAGGCUCGUUGAGGCCAUCGCUUGUCAUUGCCACGGCCCCAUUUCAAUGGAGUUUGCUGUAAACCGGAUACAGAAGUGUGGAAACAAGCGAGGGGUGUUCAUCCUGAGAUGCAGCCCAAAAGAGUUCAACAAGUAUUGUUUAACCUUCCCAGUAGAGAUGUAUGAUGCAAUAGAUUACAAGCAUUGCCAGAUCACCAGGUCUGCAGCGGAUGAGUUUAACCUCUGUGGAACCAGAAGGAACUUCAGCACCAUGCAGGAGCUACUCUGCUGCUACCAGAAGGAAACCGUGCGCUCUGAUGGCAUCAUUUUCCAGUUCAGCAAGUGCUGUCCACCUCUACCCAAAGAAAAGUCGUGCCUGCUCGUGUGCAGAAGCAACAAGGCUUCAGAAGUGCCUCUGUCUCCGUCACUUCAGCGACACGCCAUUAGUCAGAUGGUGUUUCACAAGAUCAGGAAAGAAGAUCUGGAGUUUAUGGAGAGUCUCGGUCAGGGAACAUUUACAAAGAUCUUCAAAGGGGUACGGAAGGAGCUGGGAGACUAUGGACAAAUGCACCAAACAGAAGUUGUCAUGAAGGUUCUGGAUGUGGCUCACAGGAAUUACUCUGAGUCUUUCUUUGAAGCGACCAGUAUGAUGAGCCAGUUGUCCCACAAGCACCUGGUCCUGAUCUAUGGCGUGUGCGUCUGCGGAGAAGAGAACAUCAUGGUGCAGGAGUAUGUGAAGUUUGGCUCUUUGGACACUUACUUGAAGAAGAACAGGAACACUAUAAAAAUCCAGUGGAAGCUUGAAGUGGCGAAGCAGCUGGCCUGGGCCAUGAACUUCCUGGAGGAAAAGCACCUUUUUCACGGGAAUGUGUGUGCCAAAAAUGUCCUGCUGAUGAGGGAAGAGCAGAGAGGCGGGAACCCUCCUUUCAUCAAGCUCGGUGACCCUGGGGUCAGCAUCACUGUCCUGCCUAAAGAAAUCCUGCUUGAGAGGAUCCCGUGGGUUCCCCCUGAAUAUAUCAAAGAACCUGUGAAACUCAACCUGGCUGCAGACAAGUGGAGUUAUGGCACCACGUUGUGGGAAAUCUGCAGCAGUGGAGAGAAACCUCUAGCAACACUUGACAACGCCAAGAAAAUCCUUUUCUACGAGGAUCAACAUCAUCUUCCUGCACCAAAGUGGACAGAGCUGGCUAAUCUGAUUACCAGCUGCAUGGACUACGAGCCCGCCUUCAGACCCACAUUCCGCGCAGUAAUCCGCGACCUCCACGGCCUUUUCACACCAGACUACGAGUUGAUCAUGGAUGAAAUACCACUAAUCAGGACAGCUGCUACGUUUGAGGGCCAGGAGCCUGCUCUCUUUGAAGAAAGACACCUCAUUUUCUUACAGUUACUCGGCAAGGGGAACUUUGGCAGCGUGGAGAUGUGUCGCUAUGACCCGCUCCAGGACAACACGGGGGAGGUGGUGGCUGUGAAGAAACUCCAGUACAGCACCGCCGAGCACAUCCGAGACUUUGAGCGGGAGAUCGAAAUUCUAAAAUCUAUUCAGCAUGAGAACAUCGUCAAGUACAAGGGUGUUUGUUACAGCGCAGGUCGACGGAACCUUCGACUUAUUAUGGAAUAUCUUCCUUUUGGAAGUCUGCGAGACUACCUCAUAAAAAACAAGGAGAGGAUAGACGACAAAACACUCGUCCAUUACGCCUCUCAGAUCUCUAAGGGUAUGGAGUACCUUUCGAGUAAGCGGUACAUUCACAGAGACCUGGCAACACGAAACAUCCUUGUUGAGAGUGAGCUGAGAGUGAAGAUCGGCGAUUUUGGCCUCACCAAAGUUCUGCCUCAGGACAAAGAGUAUUACAUGGUCAAAGAGCCAGGAGAGAGCCCAAUAUUCUGGUAUGCCCCUGAGUCACUGACAGAGAGCAAGUUCUCUGUGGCGUCGGACGUCUGGAGCUUUGGAGUGGUGCUUUAUGAGCUCUUCACCCACAGCGACAAGAACUGCAGUCCUCCUGCAGUGUUUAUGUCGAUGAUGGGCAACGACAAGCAGGGACAGCUGAUUGUCUACCACCUUAUUGAGCUCCUCAAAUCAGGCAGCAGGCUGCCUCAGCCCCUGGGCUGUCCCACAGAGAUGCACGAGAUCAUGGAAGAGUGCUGGGAUAAAGACCCCACCUUGCGUCCUUCUUUCAACGAGCUAGCACUACGCAUCGACCUGUUCAGGGACAGCAAGGAGUUUUAAAAUAUGGUCACGCUCCCUCCUCAACCAAGACACUCUAAACGUUGUUGUGGCUUAGGGGCGAAAGCCAAAGGGAGCAUGUGGCAGAGCAGCACGACUGGAAUAAUGGUGGCAUGGACUAAAGAACUACUGCCGAGGUGCCUUUAACCAAGGCACUUUUCUGUUGGGGAGCAGCUUAGUGGCCUGCAGCAGGUCAGAAGUGGUCAAACUGUAGAAGGUGAUGUUGCUGAAAUGAGCAAAAGAAUUUGGUCAAAGUUUUAAAAUAAGACUUGAAGACUUUAUUGACUGUGAGAAGACUGUUGCCAGACCUGAAGCUAAAGAUGCUUGUGCUAAACAAGUUCUGUGUGUGCGUGCGUGUGUGUGCGUGUGUGUGUGUGUGCGUGCGUGUGUGUGCGUGCGUGCGUGCGUGUGUGCGUGUGCGUGUGUGCGUGUGCGUGUGUGUGUGUGUGUGUGUGUGUGUGUGUGUGUGUGUGUGUGUGUGUGUGUGUGUGUGUGUGUGCGCACGCGCGCGUGCGUGCGUGUGUGCGUGCAUGCGUGUGUGCGUGCAUGUGUGCGUGCAUGCGUGUGUGUGUGUGUGUUUAUGUUGUCCAUACAAACAGCUAGCUGGCCUAGCUACUGCAAUCCUCUUUUGCCACCAGGGAAGAAGUUAACAUAAACAAUAGUCUAUUUUUAUGUUUAACCACAUUGUAGAAGUGUAAUUGUGUACAUAUGUGCUGAAAAAUUUUAUAAUUUUAUAAAAUUUAAAUAUUGUAAUGCUAUAUUUUACAUGCCAGUGAACUUCAUUGUAAAUUAAGUUCAUACUGAGCUGAUUUUCAAAAAUCUGUUUCCAACAUGAGAGGUGGUGUGAAAAUUAAAACAUAUCUGUGAAGUGA